CGCGUGCUUCCUUGUUCCUUCCACCACGAGAGAAGAACAAACGAAAGGAAAUUGCGAGGUUAAUUCAUCCGGCCAUUGUGUCUGCAAUGGAGACGGCGAGGGACUGGUCAUCAGGGCUGCCUGUGGACGUGCUGGCCGCCAUCUUCGGCAACUUCAGCGUCCAUGACAUCCUCACCGGCGCCGGCCUCGUGUGCCGCUCGUGGUCCGGCGCGGCCAAGCUGCCCGGCCUGUGGCGCUCCGUCGACAUGUCGAGGAUGCCCUACGAGCAUCUCUUCAACCCCGGCAGGGUCUUUAUGUGCAGGAUGGCCAUGGUCGCCGUCCGCCGCGCCGCCGGCCGGCUCGAGGCGUUCGCCGGGUGGGUCUUCGUCACCGACGAGCUCCCUCUACUACAUGGCCGAAAGGUCGCCGUAUCUAGUGAGCCUCAGAGUCACCGGCUGCGCCGGCGUGACUAACAGAGCCCUGGCGGCUGUCGUAGAUGCCUGUCCUCGCCUGGAGCGUCUUCACGUCGUCGAGUGCCCCGACGUUGUCAUCGACGCAGCCCUGGAAGCAAAGUGUGCGCGGAUCAGGUCGCUCCGGCUUAUCCCUGACCUGUUUCAUGGAUUACGACCAUGAAGUGUUCAUGUGGUUGUUGUGAUGCAAGAUUGAUGUUUGAAAAUUUAUUGAAAUCGGUUAGAUCGACUUAGUA